AUGGCGAAUGUAAAAAAAACUGCAGCGAUAUCCUAUGCAUUGUGUGAGUACACCGAGUCGCACAUCUCGUUCUUAGCUACAUUCGUCCUUUUCGAAUCGACGAAUGAAUUGAGAUUCGAGAGUCAUGUCAACAUUCUUUUUUAUACUGUCUACAGUAAUCCUGGGAUACGCGUUUUGUGGAAAUGCGACGAGCGCGGACAUCAGCCGAAUACUCGAGGAGAAUCCGCUGUUGGCCACAUUGUCAAUGUUCAAAGAAGUUCGAAAAGGUCUUCCGAGCGAAUGUCGGACAAUUUCGACGAACGAUAUAGGCGACUCAACGCGAGUUUAUUCGAGUCGGCCGACCUCGAAAACACCGAUUUGGAGUUUCGGGAUAUUGCUGUCGAUAAUCCAACGGGAAGGCAUCUGGCUGAUGACGAUGAUGUCGACGAAUUCCAGUCGACGUCUUCGACAUUUCCGGAAACGACAACCACCAUGCCAUUUGCGGCAAGCGAAUCGCUAUUCGAGACCACCAUCAAUUCUGCCACCAAUGUCCCGCCAAGAUCAUUCGCCAAAUCGUCGCCAUACUUCACCUCAUUCACCACCACCACCACCAUCAACCCAAACGGUGUUGUUGAGCGAUUUUUCGAGACGAAUGAGCUGGAGGAGGUUGGCGAGCAUGAAGACGAUGAGGAGGAGGAGGAGGAGGAGGAGGUUGAGAAUGACGUCGUCGACAUUUCUCAAGACACCAAAACCACUCUCGGUUUGCCAUCGGCGACAUUCAAAGGCGUCUCCUACAUCGAAUUGGAUCGUACAGUAACCCUCGAACCUACCGUAAUUCGACAACGAAUCAAUGAUAACGAGGUGUCGCAAUUCAAUGGCAAAUAUUCGGUGAGCGCGACGAAAUAUUAUGUGGAUAAUCGGAUUGACGGCGAACAUCGCGUUCGGCCGAAUUUGGAUUACGAUGAAUCGCCGACAAAUCUUGUCAACAUGCUAGAUCAGAAAUUGUCGUCGACGAACGGAGCGAAUUCGCUGCAGGACCCGUUUGCAGUUGAAAAUGAGAUGCGAAGCGUCGUGAGAAUGCACGGAGCGAAAACGAUAUCCGGCGAUCCGAUUGAUCUCGACAGUCGCGCCGAUCCGAGCGAUUAUGAAAUCGAGAUGAGACCACCGGAUGAUGAAGAAAACGAAUCGCAGAGUACUGUAAGAAUGGAGAAGAAGAAUGGGAAGGAAGUUGAGCGGAGAGAAACGACCUAUAAGGGGCAAAAGACGGUUGUCGAAUUGUGGAAUCAAGUUCUUCAUGGGCAUGAUUUGAUGAUGUAUCCUGGAGCGAUUUUCGACGAAAAAUUGGACAAUGAUCGAUUCAAAACGAGCAGCGAGAAAGCGUUCGGCUCGAAAAUUUUGCUUUCGAAUGGUCCUAUUAGGAAUGCGAAACUUCGCGAAAAUUUUCUAGCGAAUAUGAAAACGAACAAUAUGGCUGGUGGCGUUCGAACCAUCGCCAAAAAUAAUUAUAUUGAUGAGAAGAGCGAUUCGGCGACGGCCGAUAUUCAAACGAUUUGCUAUAAUACGAAGCUCGAUACGGGCAUUUCAAAGGCGCAGACAUAUUAUGAGUCUCGAAGCGACAUUUCGAAGCUUCUUUGUCUUACUAGUUGUGCCACAAAUUUGAGCUGCUCUUCUGUUACUUAUCAACAAGAAUCAGCGACUUGCUCAUUUUAUAGCACAUCUUUAUCGCAAUUGCAAACGAUUGGCACUCCGGGAACAAGUUUUCACAAAAAAUUAUCGAUUCGAACGACGGCAAAAUGUGUGAAAAUGUUCAUCACCCAUGAUUUUCUGGACAGUUUGGAGCAUUUCGACAGCUCCGAAUCUUCGUCGGAAACGCUGCGCCUCGUCGAAAAGAACGGUCAACAACAGCCGCCGCACACAAUCGUCGCCGACAACACGUCGCCUCUGUUCAUCGCACUGUCGCAUUGCCCAUCAGGACAGCAAGUUAUCUUCGUGAGAAGCGAUAAUGUCGAAGGUUCGAAGUUGUACAGAUUCUGGCAGACUUCUGAAGACGAUUGUGUUUUUAAUUGUCUCACGAAUACGACACCUGAGAAUACGAAAAUCGAGUGCGCCGGCGCCGAAUUCGACGCAAAACGGAACCUGUGCUAUCUGAUGACGUCACUGCCCGGUGAUUUGUCGAUGACACCCAAACCAAUUCAUUCAGUCAAUCGAUAUGAAAAAAUUUGUGUAAAAAAAGCGUCUUCGACUCAAUGCUCCGGCGGUCAGCCGACAAGAUACUCUCAGAUGGUUCUGGUCGGCCAUAUAAUCGACGCGAGAUCGGUGCCAACGGCCGCCGAAUGCAUUGAUUGGUGCAUUUCGAAGAACAACGACGGAUGUCUCAGUGUGCUCUUCUAUUCUGAUGAAACCUCAUUGAAUUGUAUUCUGAAUGAUUCGACGCACAAACGGGAUCCGAGCGCGUUUUUCGUCGAGAACUCGGCACAAGUCGAUUAUUUUUCGAUCGACGAAUGUCUCGGAAUUCGCGAGGUUCGUCGACGUGUCCAGAAGUCGAGAAUGAAGCGACGGCGGCGAUUUUUGAUUUGA